CGGCGCCGUGCCGCCGCGCUUCCGCAAAAAUGGCGGCGGCGGGUGGUGCGCGACUGGCGGCCUGGAGCGGAAGGCUGCGGCGCGGGCUGGCAGCCGGCUGGCGGGCCUGGCCCGGCCCGGGGCCCGUAGCGGCCGCGGCGGCCGGCGUGGCCCUGGCGGGAGCAGGAGCGACGUGGUACCACGGCCGCGUGAACGUGGCGGCGCCCCGGGGCGGCCUCACCGUCGUAGCCCAGAAAAACGUUGACCUUGGAGAGCUGGGGAAACCGUCUCUUCGGAAGCAGCGCUUCAUGCAGUUCUCUUCCCUGGAGCACGAGGGAGAAUAUUACAUGACGCCCCGAGACUUCCUCUUCUCAGUAAUGUUUGAGCAAAUAGAACGUAAAACGGCCGUCAAGAGGCUGACGAACAAGGAUAUCGAGGAUGUGCUGGCAGGAAUCAAAGGAGCUGGCUGUGGAUCAACUUUUUUUAGAGACCUUGGUGAUAAAGGGCUGAUUUCGUACACCGAGUAUCUUUUCUUGCUCACAAUCCUUACUAAACCACAUUCAGGGUUUCAUGUUGCAUUUAAAAUGCUGGAUGCGGAUGGUGAUGAGAUGGUUGAAAAAAAGGAAUUUUUUAAGCUGCAGAAGAUCAUAAGUAAACAGGAUGACUUGAAGACAGCAGUAAUUCAUGAAACAGAGCACCAGGAACCAACAGUGAAAGAAUCUGAAAUUAACACAACCCUCCAGGUACGUUUCUUUGGAAAACGAGGAGAAAGAAAACUUCAUUAUAAAGAAUUUCGAAGAUUUAUGGAAGACUUACAGACCGAGGUCCAGGAAAUGGAGUUCCUUCAGUUUUCUAAAGGUUUGCGUUUCAUGAGAAAAGAAGACUUUGCAGAGUGGCUCCUUUUCUUCACUAACACUGAAAAUAAAGACAUUUACUGGAAAAAUGUGAGAGAGAAGCUGUCAGCCGGAGAGGUUAGCCUGCACGGCUUCAUGGCUGCUGGCAGAAGACAAGGCAUGUUGCACCAAGGCACGUUUUUUGUUUUUGGCUGUGCCCAGGGCGUAUGGAAGUUCCUGGGCCGGGGGUCUGAGCCAGGCCACAGCAGUGACAGCACCUGAUCCUUAACCUGCUGCACCACACGGGAACUCCCGGAGAAGUUUAUUACUCUGUUCAUUGCACCGAGCCAGCACAAGCAUCACAUUUGCCUCCGUGCCCCUUGCCCCAGGGCCCGAGAUGUGGGUUUGCACUGCAGCCAAGGAGUCUGGAUCUUUGAUGGCGGCUGUAGGAAGGCCGCCCUGCCCUCGAAGGGCAACGCUGUCUCUUUUCUGGCCCCUCUACCAACGUCCGGACAGACCGUGUGGAGAGAGGUGAUCGGGCCUCUGUUCACAAGAUGCACAGGAGGUCAGAGGACCCCCAACAACUGCCUCCCGGCAGCAAGUCACCUGACAGCCCCUUAAACACGGGCGGAUGACACAGCGGGCGCGGGAAGAGAAAUCCACACCUGACUCCUGAACACGGAAGUGCGGCCUUUAACGUCCUCGCAGUUACAGACACGCGGAUCCCAGCCGUGACCACAGGCGCGUCUCGCUACAGUGAAGCCGGUCGGAGGGGUUGCGCCGGGGCCGCUUCGAGACCACGACGCCGAGGAGCAGCCGCGGGCGGGCUCGCUCGUGUGAUGAGAGAGUGAAGCAGGGUGUGGACCGGCGAGGACACACCCGCUGUGCACAGGGCAUCCGAGGAGGGCACGAGGGAGCUGGGGUGAAAGGGGGAAGAAGAGUUCGUGUCGUUUUAUUCGUUGUACUGUUGGAAUUUUUUAACCAUGUGUACAUAUUACCUCUUCAAAACAUUUGAAUAAAAGAAUUCAACAAAUUCACAAAAGCGGAAAGCAGUGAACCUCGGAGGAGACGUGUCCGAGGACGUGGUCCUGAGCGUCUCACAGGGAGGAGCGUGCUUCCCGAAUAAGGAUGUCCCUGCUUGGACGUUCCCAGUGGACACACUAGCCUUCUUGCUUACUCUUUGUUUGUUUUGCUGUCAAGUGCACAGGUUUUAAAAUCAGGUGGUGCGUUCCCUGGUGGCCUAGAGGUUAAGGAUGUGGCACUGUCACGUCUGUGUCUUGGGUCAGUGCUGUGGUUCAGAUUCAGUCCCUUGUCCCGGAAUUUCCACAUGCUGCAACAUAGCCAAAAAGAAAUUUUUUAAUUGUAAGUUAAAAAAACUUCACAUACAGUAAAAUCGGAUGGACCAAGGUGCAGGUCCUGCUCCCCGUUCAGUGGGCCUUCGACAGCGUACUUCGCCCUGACAGGGGACCCCUUGAAGCUGAGAAGUGGGGCCUACGCCGUAGCGAGGGCCAGGCCUGCAGUUUCAGCUGGCCCGUCUACGCCAAAACCCGGAGUUCUCACUCGGGGCCGUGUCCCCUGGUGAAACAUGGAAGAGCAAAGAGGUGGGCCACGUGGCAGGAUGCUUUCGUCUCCUUCGGCCGCCGCAGACUGGGUGGCUUCCACGGCACAUUCAUCCCCUCACAGUUCUGGAGCCCAAAGUGGGUGGUGUCUGGCGAGGUGUCCCCACACUCGACUGACGGGACUGCCAGCUCGUCCUCUCACCAGGACGCCGGUCCUGCCAGACCAGGGCUUCAGCCUCGGUUAGCCCUGGUUACCUCUGCUAAGGCCCCUCAAAAUACACCCCCUGGGGGGGUGAGGCUUUCCCCAGGGCUGCAGAGAAGGAGGCACAGUGGGGUCUCUACUCACAGCUCGGGGCCGGUCACACGGGGCUCAGCCUGCACAGUCACACCCAGGGCCCUGCCCCCUCGUCUCAGAACUCCGGAACCUGCCGUCCUGUUGGUCUGCACGCCAGACUUCCCAGUAGCCUCGCUUGGAAAGAUGGAAGGCUUGAGGAUAGCAAAGAAGACCCCUGGUUCUCGUCGUGAGGUCAUUUAAUGUAAAUAUGAAACUGUGCUAACAGCUCCCUUUGUUACCG